CUUCCUUCAAGUUGUUCAUUUCACCAGCUCCAUUUCUCCCACUACAGAUAAUAAAUUUACACAUUUUUGUGUUGUGACAUACAUAUGUACACAUACGUUAUUAACUAUUUAUGUACAUAUUUUGACAGGAUUGAAAUUGAGGCUGACUAAACUGAUGUGAAUUUAAACUGGAAAAAAAUUUUUAAAUUUAAUAAUGUCAUGCAAAAUUGGAGCUAGAGUUGAAAUAGCCGGAAAGGAUUGUCAAGGUACAAUUGCCUACAUCGGGCAUCCGUCUUUUGCAAGUGGAAAAUGGAUUGGAGUGAUAUUAGAUGAGCCAAAAGGAAAAAAUAAUGGCACAGUCAAAGGUCAAUCAUAUUUUAAGUGUUCAGAAAAUUAUGGAAUGUUCGUCCGCCAAAGUCAGUUGAUCAUUCUUGAUGAUGCAGGAAAUAAAGUAGAUACUUCUCUAAAUACUUCCAGUAUUUCAACUCCAGAUGAAGCAGGUGCUGCGAGAGCUCGUAGUCGACUUACAAGCACAAGUAUACGUAGAAGAAAUGAAUCAACCGUUUCUCGUGUAUCAUUAACUGGCAGCCGGACACAAUUAAGUUAUCCAAGCCCGGAAACUUCAUCAGUAUCACAACAUGAACGCAAAGACACCAAUGAAUCUGGAAUUCCUGUUCCUACUACAAUUAAACGUGCCUCUUUUGUUGAGAAAUCCCCUAGCAAGAGAUUGUCUCCUGGCAAAAAGUUAAAGGCUGAAGAUGAUCGCAAUAAUACUGGUUUUGUGGAAACAUUAAAACCAAAUUUUGUACCUGGACAAGUAAUGGCUGGCUCGAUAUCUUCAACUUUAGGAGCAUCUAGUUCUGGAUCAAAUACUGUAGAAGAAAAACUCAGUCAUUUACAAUUAGUUCAAGAAAAUGAUAACUUGAAAGCUCAGGUAAAUGAUCUUAAUGAAAAGGUUGAAACAUUACGACUUAAACGAAUGCAAGAUAAAGAAAAAAUGAAGGAGUUUGAAAAAACUAAACUUCAAGUUGAGCAACUUUUAGAAUUUAAAUCUAAAGUGAUGGAAAGUCAGACAAGUCUUCAAAGAGAACUUCAGCGGACUCGGCAGGAGUUACGUGAGACGCAGCUAGCAAAAAGCACUUUUCAAGAUGAAAUGGCUGAUCUUGCUGAAACUGUUGAAAUGGCUACUUUAGAUAAAGAAAUGGCCGAAGAAAAGGCCGAAACCCUACAAAUUGAAUUAGAACAAUUGAAAGAAAAAUUAGAGGAAAAAUCACUUGAUCUGGAAAUUUUACGCAGUGAAAUGUCGGAGCAGAUUAGUGGGAGCAGUGUAUCUAGUGGAAAGGGAAUUUCAUCUUAUGAAAUGAAACAGCUAGAACAACAAAAUAUACGACUUAAAGAAACCUUGGUGAAAAUGAGAGAUUUGUCAGCACAUGAAAAACAUGAGUUUCAAAAAAUUCAAAAAGAUCUUGAUCAGAAAAAAUCUGAAAUUUUGGAAUUAGGAAGAACUAAAGAAAAGUUAUCUGCUAGAGUUGAAGAAAUGGAGCAUCAAAUAGCUGAUCUACAGGAACAG